CAUCUGAAACCUGUGCUCCACAACAAGAGAGGCCGCAAUAGUGAGAGGCCUGCGCACCGCGAUGAAGAGUGGCCCCCGCUUGCCACAACUAGAGAAAGCCCUCGCACAGAGACGAAGACCCAACACAGCCAUAAAUAAAUAAAAAAAUUAAAAAAAAAAAAAAAAAGAAAAACAUGCCUUUAAAAAAUAAAAAAUAAAAAAAAAUAAAGCAGCUGAGAUUGUGGCAGAGGGCGAGGAAUCAUGGGACACGGAGGGACGGAGUGGCUCUGAGCCUCUAAGCAAGGCACACCUUCAGCUUGAGCACACAGCUCACCCAGGAACCUUUCAAUGUUUUCAUUUUACCCAGAGUUCUGCAUUGAACAGCAAGGUCCUUACUGCUGGCAUCAUUUAUGUAAGCUUUGGGGCCUCCUAGAUUCAUCAGCCGUGUCCAUCUUGCCUUUUGGCUGGGGCUGCUUAGCUUAUUGCCCCAGGGUUGUGAUUAUAUCCUUUCCUCCUUUUGCCCAGAAGGCCGUGGGCAGUAACCAAGGCAGCAUUCAGACGGUUUGUUUCAAUCCUGCCUCUCUCCACUCAACCUCAUUCAUAGGCAGGACAGUGGGGGAUUCUUACUACCUGCCUUCCCCACCACUUGGGCAAGAGCAUUCGCUACCAGAUUCCAGGGAGUCUUCUCUUAUCCCCAAACCCAGUCCAUCGUGGCCCUUGUCCUUUCUCUUAAGGAAAGCUAUGACUCAGCAUCCUAUGCUUGUCACCAAAACUGUAAGGGUUUGGGGUUUUAUUUUUAUGCUACUUGCCAACUAAUGAGUUAGCCUGUCAGUGUUUUAUGGAUGCUGGCAGGAGACAAAGUCCUGGGUCAGAGACAAAGGCCUUUAUUUCUCACAGCACAGCAAGCAGGAUGAGCAUCAGUAUGUUGGCAUCAGUUCCCCUUGCCCCCAGUGUCCCGUGUGAUACCCUGGGUCUGGAUGAAUGCCUGCACAUGCAGGGGGUUGAAUCACAGCUGAGGAGUGUUGAUCUUGGGGAAUCCGCUGUUUUAUAAUAAGCAGUAAACAAGACUGCUCUGUGUCCCAGAGGGAGGCGUGAUGUCUUCCUCAAGGUUGCUGCAAGCAUAACCCUGAGAAGUGGCCUGAGUAAAGAGCAGCCAGGACCUUACGUUCUUGGCAUACCCUGCAAGGUCUGUAGAGCAAGAGAGAGCCAGAGAAGACCGUACGUCCCACCACAAACACGCAGUAAGCCAAGAGGUAGUGUGACUAUUGCUACUAGUUUUACUUGAAGUAAAAAUCUUAUACCCCUUUAUCAAUAUGUUUCCAAACAGACUUCAAAACUAACCACAAAUGUUGGGACAGUUUAAAUAGUGCCCAGCACGUGUGGGACUUUACAGUCUGCAAAGUUCUUUCCCAUGUGUUACCUGAUACCUCCCUGCGAGGUGGACCGGCAGGUACUGUUGUCUUCAUCACGUAGAUGAGAAAAGGGAUCCGGAGAGGUUGGGAUGAAACUCACUUUGGAAAAAUGGGAAGUUACUAUAUCAACCGCACCUUUUUCUUUGAUGUGCACCCGCCUCUGGGAAAGAUGCUGGUAGGUCUUGCUGGCUACCUGAGUGGGUAUGAUGGCACCUUUUUGUUCCAGAAGCCUGGGGACAAAUACGAGCAUCACAGCUACUUGGGAAUGAGAGGAUUCUGUGCGUUCCUCGGCGCUUUGCUGAUCCCCUUUGCCUACCUCACUGUACUGGAGCUGUCCCAGUCCCUCCCGGCAGCGCUGCUCACGGCUGCCCUCCUCACCUUUGACACAGGAUGCCUCACUCUGUCCCAGUACAUCCUCCUUGACCCCAUCUUGAUGUUCUUCAUCAUGGCUGCCAUGCUGAGCAUGGUCAAGUACAACUCCUGUGCCAACAGGCCCUUCUCUGCCCCCUGGUGGCUCUGGCUCAGCCUGACUGGCGUUAAUCUAGCUGGUGCUCUGGGGGUCAAGUUUGUUGGCCUCUUUAUCAUCCUGCAAGUGGGGUGGAACACCCUUUCAGACCUUUGGCACCUGUUUGGAGACCUCAGUCUUUCAAUGGUGACUGUGGGAAAACACCUGACCGCUCGCGUCCUGUGCCUCAUAGUGCUGCCGCUGGCUCUCUACACGGCCACCUACGCUGUUCACUUCAUGGUGCUGAAUAAAAGUGGUCCUGGUGAUGGCUUCUUCAGUUCUGCCUUCCAGGCCCGGCUUUCAGGAAACAACCUUCACAAUGCUUCCAUCCCUGAACACCUGGCCUAUGGCUCUGUGAUCACCGUGAAGAGCGCGCGGAUGGCCGUUGGCUACCUCCACUCGCACGGGCACCUCUAUCCCGAGGGCAUCGGCGCCCACCAGCAGCAGGUCACCACCUAUUUGCACAAGGACUACAACAACCUGUGGAUUAUCAAGAAACAUAAUACAAACUCAGAUCUCCUAGACCCUUCACUCCCAGUGGAGUUUGUAAGACAUGGAGACAUCAUUCGACUAGAACACAAAGAGACUUCUCGGAACUUGCACAGUCACUAUCAUGAGGCCCCCCUGACCCGGAAGCACUAUCAGGUCACAGGCUAUGGCAUAAAUGGGACAGGAGACUCAAAUGACUUCUGGCGGAUUGAGGUUGUAAACAGAAAAUUUGGAAACCGAAUCAAAGUGCUGAGAAGUCGAAUUCGCCUCAUCCAUCUGGUGACAGGUUGUGUCCUGGGCUCCUCGGGAAAGGUCCUGCCCAAGUGGGGCUGGGAGCAGUUGGAAGUCACCUGCACUCCAUACCUAAAGGAAACCCUCAACUCCAUCUGGAAUGUGGAAGACCAUAUCAAUCCCAAAUUGCCAAACAUCAGCCUGGACGUGCUGCAGCCCAGUUUUCCUGAGAUAAUGCUGGAGGCCCACAUGGUGAUGAUCCGGGGGAACAGUGGCCUCAAACCCAAAGACAACGAGUUCACGUCCAAACCCUGGCACUGGCCUAUCAACUAUCAGGGCCUGCGCUUCUCGGGGAUCAAUGACACGGACUUCCGAGUGUAUCUGCUCGGCAACCCGGUGGUUUGGUGGCUGAAUCUGCUGAGCAUCGCCCUCUACCUCCUCUCAGGGAGCAUCUUUGCUGUGGCUGUGCAGAGGGGGGCACGUCUGCCUGCCGAGGUUGAAGGGCUGUCCCAGGUCCUGCUGCAAGGAGGUGGGCAGCUCCUGUUGGGCUGGAUGAUCCAUUACUUCCCGUUCUUCCUGAUGGGCCGGAUCCUCUACUUCCACCACUACUUCCCCGCCAUGCUCUUCUCCAGCAUGCUGACAGGCCUUCUGUGGGACACGCUCUUGCGGCUCUGUGCCUGGAGCCUGGCCUCCUUUUCUCUGGCUGGGCACGUACACGCGCUGGGAAUCCUGAGCCUUCUCCUGGGAAUUGCCUACAGCUUCUACCUCUUCCAUCCUCUGGCUUAUGGGAUGGUUGGUCCGCUAGCCCAGGACCCCCGAAGUCCGAUGGCAGGACUAAGGUGGCUGGAAUCUUGGGACUUUUGAGGCCACUGCAAGGACUCCAGCCUGGGUCCAGGAACUUCCUGGGGACAGCCAGCCGUGGAGCCAGUCCCUGGACCCUCCCAGCUGUGGAGGAAGCUGCCUGAGGAGCCUGCGGAAUUCUGCCACCUGCCAGGACCACGCCCUGGGAGCAUACCCGGAGUUUAAGCCACUGGAGAGGGCCAUGGCGCUGCCCUAACUGCAGAGGUUCCUCCGCUGGGGCUGGCUCAGCAACAGGCGACAACAUCUCUCAGGCCCGUUUCCCCGAGUGUGCAGCAUGAGGAGGGAUGAGUGUGCGAGAGGGUGUGAGUGUGUGGGGGAGUGUGCAUGUGAGGGUACGUGUGUCCGUAUCCCUGUGGAAUAUAGACCGUGACUGUGGACAGCUGAGUGUCAUAAACUCUAAGAAAUCGUCCAGGGCUACAGUAGUAUACUCUGGGUUUUUUUUUCCACACUGGAUUUGGUUUGUAAGAUUCAUCAGAAAUUCUCAGACCUCCAAGAAGGCUGAAAGCACUGACCCCACCUUGGGAUGUCACCAAGGGCAGAGCAGAUGGUAUUGUCACGGCUGUGCUGCCCUCCUUCCCACAAAUAAGCAAAUACAGCUGAGGCCCCUGAGCUGGAGGGCCCGCCUCCCAGCUGCUUCCCCGCGUGGCUGCUGCCGGGAAGUCUCUGUGGCCGCAGGCGGCUGGACUUCCGCCUGCAAUGUGCGCAGAGGACGGGGCCCCAGAGCGAGGCAGCUGAGGACUCACCAGCCCUGUUGGCCCUCCUCAGCCCUCGGUUCCUCGCUGUCUGAGAACGUCACAUCACGAGGUUGGUGGGAGGGACGGCACCCUGUCCUUGGCUACUGUGUGUUCUCAGGCCCUGUGAGCCAGAGGUGGUUUCUGGCUGCCCAUCCCUUACUCUCUGCAUCCAGCCUGACUGUGAGGGUGGGCCCGAUGCAUUCUCCUGAUUGCAGGGAGGACCUUUGGGGCCCCUCUCUUAGCAGCUGAGGCGGAUGUGUGGCAGAGCAGGGAUGUGUAUGGUGCUGGGCUGGGGUCCCAGCGGGGCAUUGGGGUGUGGGCUGCCUUGGCCUUUCUGGGCUGGUGUUCCUGUCACUCACUAAGCUUUCCCCAUUUUUACUUCUCUAGUCCUCCCCUGCUGACAGCCCCCCUCCCUUUCACUUCAUUUCAUUUCCCUUACUCUGUGUCACUGUCUCACCAAUCUCUUUCCCCAAAGACCCAGAGCACCAAGAAAUGCCUUGGAGCUUCUCCUCCCUACCACUUUGAAGCCCAAGCAAGAAGCUCAGAGCUGUUCCUUUUACUUCCUCCCCAUAUGAAAGAGAUAAAGAAAACCCUUGGGUUAGAACUGAACAGACCCAAGGCCAAUCCUUCAGCCAUCCUCCGUCCUCCUGGUGCAUGACAAAAUAUUGUUUUGUCUCAGAGGGCUGUGACGCUUCAAGGUUUAAUGAUGCAUCUCUGCCACACUCCAUCGUCCCUCCUCUGGAGCCCCCACCAGCUCUGACAGGGUCAGAGCUCUUUAGAGCAUCUUUGCUAGGCGGUUGCCACGGAGACUGGAAAUUGGUCCCAAGGACAGGCUGUGCUACUUACUGGGUGGUGGGGAGGGAAGCUUCUGGCCAUGCUCGGACGUUCAGACCAACCAUCAUUAACGUUAAUAGAGGAAAUGCAGCAAUGUCAAAAGCAAGGCAGGUUUGUUAAUUAGAUCUGGGGCCUGAUGACCUCCCUUUCCCAGGGCUGCAGCCCUUUUGACUUCCCCCAGCAGGAAGCGCUGCCGGGUGCUGAGUCUGGGCUGCUUGCUUAAUUGCAUUUCUGGAAGGGAAGGAGAACUGGGGUGGAGAAUCUCCCGCUCUCCCCUCCUCCCCUGCUUCUCCCUUUCUCUCCCCCAGGCCAAUUUCGUUUCUUCUGAGCUGGGUGGGGGCAGCCAUCUUGGUGGGCUCUCCUGGAGGUGGAAUUCAGGAACCUGUGCUUGGCUUUUAGCAAAGAACAACGGCCCCACGAUGACAACUGGAAGGUGGCUGAUGUUCCCUCGUGCCUUAUUUCCUAAUAGGAACUUGCUGGAAGGGAGGUGCUCUGAAGGCAGCCACUCUGAGUGAGGGUGAGGAAGGAGAAAGCUCAGCCAGCUUCCUGCCCGUCCCUCCCUCCUAAUUCGGCCACACUGGGGACAAAAGUUUCCUUUGUCUCUUACACUGCUUUCCAAAGAUGGAGAAGAACUGUCCGCCCACUCCCUCCUCUUCUUUCUCGCCCAGACUGGCAGACACUCCUCUGGGGACAAGGCCGCAUGGGUUGAUGCAGCUUCAGGUACUCAGGUUCUGUUGUUGGAAGAUGCAGGGGAGAAGGGCUGUCGUGGUGGUGCUCUGAAUAUGGGCUCCAGCCCCCAGGAGCAGGCAGAAUGUGACACGCCCCACAGACUUGCUGGCGGAGGAAGGAGACGUUUGGUAGCUCAACCUCCAGCCGGCUUCUUGAACCACGUUUUAUGUUAAAAAAAACUUUCCACAGAUAAUCAGAGGCCGUUUACUUUUGUAAUAAAUAGCGCUUAUUUUGAA